GUCUGCGUUCUGCUUUCAGAGUCCUCUAAUGUCAUGUAAUCGAGUUCGUUCUUAAAUUAGAUAUUAGAGAAUAGCCUUAAUGUAGGUCAAAUCAAGCUGGUGUUAUUUUGAAAACGAAGGCACUAAAUCGUCCAUCUGAGCUUCAGUGACAUCACUGGCAUCCCGACUGAAGUGAGAGUUGCUCUGCGUUCUUUGUUCCUCUCAUGCAAGGCUCUUUUAGUCGCCACGCAACAUGAACGUGUCCGGCUCCUGGCGCGUCGGAGAGUCUGCCGCUCCGGCGUUGGAGAUGUCGGAGAAACCGGGCGCGCGCGCCAACCCGGUGCAGAGCGCACAGCUGGACGGCACCGCGCCGUCGGUGUUGCCUCAGCGCCGAGCCUCCCACCUGUACGGCUACGGACACCGGAUGUCCGUGUACAGCACCACGCGCCCCGUCCUCACCCGCACCUACCUUCAAGGACAGGUGUACAACUUUCUGGAAAGACCGUCGGGGUGGAAAUGCUUUGUGUAUCACUUCACAGUGUUUUUGAUUGUCCUAUCUUGCCUGAUCCUCAGUGUACUGUCCACUAUUGAUCAGUAUCAGACUCUGGCCCAAGAAACACUUUUCUGGGUGGAAAUAGUGUUGGUGGUAUUUUUCGGAGUGGAGUAUGUGGUGAGGCUGUGGUCUGCAGGAUGCCGCAGUAAAUACGUGGGUGUUCUGGGGAGGCUCCGCUUUGCAAGAAAGCCCAUCUCUAUCAUUGACUUAAUUGUGGUGGUGGCCUCAGUCAUUGUUCUUUCAGUAGGUUCUAAUGGGCAGGUCUUUGCUACCUCUGCUGUCAGAGGCAUCCGCUUUUUACAGAUCCUGCGAAUGUUGCAUGUGGAUCGUCAGGGAGGAACCUGGAGGCUGCUGGGAUCAGUGGUCUUUAUCCAUCGCCAGGAACUGAUCACGACUCUCUAUAUUGGAUUCCUGGGUCUGAUCUUCUGCUCGUACUUUGUGUACCUGGCAGAAAAAGACGCAGUGGACAGCAGUGGAGUCACAGAAUUUUCCAGUUAUGCUGAUGCUCUGUGGUGGGGAGUGGUGACAGUGACCACUAUAGGGUAUGGGGAUAAAGUGCCGCAGACUUGGAUAGGGAAAACCAUUGGCUCCUGUUUUGCCGUCUUUGCCAUGUCCUUCUUUGCCCUGCCUGCUGGCAUUUUGGGUUCAGGCUUUGCCCUGAAAGUCCAGCAAAAACAGAGACAGAAGCACUUCAACAGGCAAAUUCCUGCUGCUGCCUGUCUUAUACAGACAUCCUGGAGAUGUUUUGCAGUAGAAAACCCUGACUCUUCCACCUAUAAGAUGUUUGUGCAAAGGAAGCCUGUGUCAUCGCGUCAAACAGUAUCCAGUCCAAAGGCUAAAAAAAAUGUAAAAAUGAGAAGAAAGUUGAAGACCAGUGAGAAAGACAAUGGCCCAAGCUCUCCUACAGUCCCUGCAAUCACCUUUGACUCAGUGUUCGAUGAUGGCCGAGACCAGAGUCAGGAUACGGUGUACAGUACUCAGACAUCAGUAAAUGUAAUUGCUGAGAGAAGAUUUGAACGACAGCAGUCCUGGACCUCUAUAACCUCCUUCCAGUUCUCCCCUCCUCCAGUAAGGCAAAGCUCAGGCUUUUUGGAGGUACAGUCACGUCCCCCACUGCAGAGGACCAACAGUUUUGCAGAUGACCUGGAAAUGGAAGCAGAAAGGGAUAUCUUUCUCCUGCCUGUCUCUCAUGUAUCAGAGUUGCAAGAAACCCACCGGGCGGCUAUUAGAGUGAUCCAGAAAAUGCGCUAUUUUGUGGCCAAAAAAAAGUUCCAGCAAGCACGUAAACCUUAUGAUGUCAGAGAUGUGAUCGAGCAGUACUCUCAAGGCCAUGUCAACCUUAUGGUGCGCAUCAAGGAGUUGCAGAGAAGACUGGAUCAGAGUUUGGGAAAAUUGUCAUUGUUCCAGACAAGUUCAGAGAGAGCCAGAGAUAGAGGUACGAACACAAUUGGCUCCAGACUCAACAGGAUGGAGGACAAGAUCACACACAUGGACAAGACUCUGAACCGCAUCGCAGAAUCUCUGAACCUCCUGCUGAAGAGGGAGGGCGAUGUGAGCAGCGUGGCAGGAGCAGUACAGGGUGAAAGGGCCCGCAUGCCAACACGCAACCUCAGUCUGCCCACAUAUGACCAGCUCUCCACCCCAAGUCCAUCUGCUCUUGAAGAGAGCUCCUGAGCUGGAGCAACCUCCAAAAACAACUGAAUCUAGUGCCUUGUGCGGGGCAGGGUUUGUGUUGGAGAAGAGUAGACACAAAGAAAAGAACACUGAAGCUGUACUUAAGCUUGAUUAGAUUUACUCAGGUGGACCAAUCACAAGUCACUCUGUAAGACAUUAUUUAAAAUGAAGUAAUCUCUCAUACACAUACAGUAUGACGAGGAUUACUGAUAAGGCAUGGUGUGUUUACUGUGUAAGGAAAAAUAUGUGAGAUCAUUUUUAAUUGCUCCAAUUUCUUGAUAUGCUAGUAAAUAUUAAAUCGUUUUUUGUUGGUUUUUUUUUUAGGUUUUAAUGCAAGGUAUGGGGAUGCUUAUGGCAGGCGAUGCACAUCCAAAUGGUUGCAUAAAUAUUUAUUCGAGCCAGUCAUACCGAGUGGUUUUGCAAUCUGUCCAUUUGAAAUCGAGUGUAUUUAUUAAGACGUACUGUAUACAUUGAUUCAUACAUGCAUACAUGUACUGAUUUCUGUUCACAUGCUCAAAUAUGAGUUUUGUUCGAAUAACAAGCCAGAUGUUAUUCCUGCUUUAUUCC